AUGUCAUCUGGCGGUGUUGCCAUUCGUUUGGCCCAGUCUCAAUCUCAUGGACCUCUUUUGAGAACGAAUACAGCGCCUGUAUUCAACAAUCGAAGCGCCGAGGGCAACGGAACUGGUUUGAGUCAGACAAUGAGCCAUAACUCAAGAUCGUCGCAGCUCACGGGCUCGACUGCUUUCACGACUUCCUCUACGACUUCAUUAAAUUCUUUAUCUACUUCUGCGACACUUGUUCCGGCCCCGCUGGCGAUGCCAGUACAAGGCGGAAAUGUAGUUGCGACGAACAAUAUCAUUAACCAGAGAGCCGACGCCUCGAGAUCACUAUAUCAGAUAUGCGUCAAUUUACGACAGAGAUUAGCACAAGUUCCGGGAUUCAACGGUCAUUUUGUUGAUUCGGACGAUGAAGAUGAAGCCGAGGAGGAUAUGGACCCAGUGUCCUCGCUUUGGCGCUGUUUGCGAAAAGGUACCCCUCUGGUGACGCUGUACAACACCCUCAAACCAGCAGAGCCCCUACCACUGCCCGAUAAUAAAAUGGCCGAGCCAAAGAAAUCUAAGAUGGCAGCCUUCAAAUUUGUUGAAGCUUGUAUGAAGGAUCUACAAAUCCCGCCGGGCGACGUUUUUGCUCUAUCAGAUCUUUUUGGUGAUGACACGACUGGUUUCGUGAAGGUUACCCAAGUUAUCAAUAUCGUUCUCGAUGUGGCUGAACAGCGUGGCCUGCUCCUCACAUCGCAGGCCGAGGAUACCAGCGAGUGUGCCACGGCGCCUGGGUCCAAGAUGAGUUACAGGCAGCAUGUAGUCCGGGAAUUAGUCGACACGGAACGUAAAUAUGUCCAAGAUUUGGAGAACCUGCACGAAUUAAAGAAGACAAUCGAGCAAAAGGGCGUAAUUGCAGGCGACGUCGUGCACGACAUAUUUCUUAACAUCAAUGCGAUCCUUGACUUUCAGCGACGAUUCCUCAUCAAAAUCGAGACUACAAACUCUCAGCCAGUCGAUAAACAGGAAUGGGGCCUACCUUUCAGAAAUUAUGAGGAGGCAUUCAGCAUUUACCAACCAUUCAUUGCAAACCAGCGGAAGGCAGCGACUAUAGCGAAAGACAACUUUGACAAAAUUACCAUGGCAGAUCACCCUGUCGUUGUGGACUUUAAUACUCUGGAUGGUUUCCUCCUGAAGCCGAUGCAACGUCUAGUAAAAUAUCCUCUCUUGUUAAAGGAUCUUCGAGACAAAACGAAUGCUAGUGACGAGGCGAAAGAAGAUCUCACUCUGGGUAUCGAGGCGUCGAAUCGUGUGCUCCACCAGGCAAAUGCCGCGGUCGAUCGGGAGCUCAGAGGUGAAGCUUUGUUGGAUCUCUGUGGCCGCGUGGACGAUUGGAAAAACCACCGAGUUGAUCACUUUGGUGACCUAAUACUGCAUGGUCAUUUUCCCGUGGUUACUGGGAAGAGUGACGUUCCGAAAGAGUAUACUAUUUAUCUCUUUGAGCGCAUUCUCCUCUGUUGCAAAGAGAUUAAUCCAAACAAGUCCAAAGAUAAACUUAUGGGAAAUCAAAAGGACAAAAAGGACCGGAAGGAUAAGAACAAGAUCAAGGAAAAGGAUAAGAACGCCAAACUACAGCUCAAGGGUCGCAUUUUCAUGACUAAUGUGACGGAUGUAGUAUCAUCUGCCAAGCCAGGUUCUUACACAGUUCAAAUAUGGUGGAAGGGAGACCCAGGCGUUGAAAACUUCAUCAUCAGAUUUUCUAAUGAGGAGACCAUGAAGAAGUGGUAUGAAGGUGUCGAUAAGCAAAAGAAAGAACAUGCCAAUACUGGCGCGCAAGCAAGCGCUAGUCCAGAUACAGCACCAGAGUUCGGAUGGGCGCGUGAUCAAAUUGCAUCAAUGCCUAAUCCUUACGCUCAACAAGAGGAAGAAGAGGAAGAGGAAGAAUACAACGGCACGACCGCAUAUGGAUCUCCGCCAAACUCUGGAAUGCCCCCAAAUUUUGGAAUGCCGCCAAAUCCUAGCAUGGCUCGAAAUUCGUCUAGUUCUAGCCUACGUUCGAGAUCCGCAACUACAGAAAGCAAUCAGUCUUUAGCUGGCAUUGCAAGAGCACCAGCGCCACGUUUUCCGGUCGGUAUGGGCAUAUCCCCGCCACUAAGUCUGCAGACUCAAAUGUCUGGCUCACUGCCGUCUCCUGGUCAAAGAUUGGGGGACUCGUACUUUUCGCCUAUCGGGGAGUCACCGGCAUCCUCCGCGCGAACAAGCACUGCUUCUUCUGCAAUGUUCCAAUUUCCUCAGACAUCUCAAUUCCCACGUCAACCUACAUCCCAGGGGUCCUGGGAAGACAAUAAUCGUUAUACCGCACCUGCGAUUGGUCGGGUACCGUCGAGGGAAAGCCAAAAUUCUAUAAGCGGUGCUUCUUACCAGAUGAAUGGCCGAACACCGCAGAGGCCAUCACUUCCUGCUAUGGCCUCACAAUCACAGGCUGCAGCUGCACAACAACGAAGUCGCUCAUAUAGCACCCCUGACAUCAAUGCUCAGCAAGGCGUUCGCCGUUUGCCAAACGGAGCUAUGAGCACCCCUCAAGGCCAAGUUCCCGCCGUUCCCGGUAUUCCGGCACACCUGCACCCAGCUUACGAUGCUGGCGUUUCCAGAUCCCAGAAUAACUCCCCCAGUGGAUUGCCAGUAAGGACAAACACCCAGUCGCCUGGUGCCCAAAGAGAUCGCCAACAGCAACAGCCACCGCAGUAUGCCAAUGGGUUACAAUACCCAAAUGGUCCACAAAACCUUGGCGUGUCACAGCCCAAUUAUGGUCGCAAUAAUACGACUCAGAUUCCAGCAAACGCACUCGAUAACCGCCUGCCACCAUCAUUGAUAAGCGGUAAUCUUCCACCGGAAAGCGAUAUGUCGUUACCGACACAGCUUAAAGUGAAGGUAAACUGUGAUGGUAACUACGUUACUUUGGUGGUGGCCUUUAACAUCACAUAUCAAUCCCUUACGGAUCGCAUAGAUGCUAAAGUUGGAAGAUUUUCGACCAAUGCUAUUGCUCGAGGUACCAUGAGGCUCCGUUACCGUGACGAAGAUGGGGAUUUUGUCACUAUUGAGUCAGAUGAUGACAUUCAAAUCGCAUUUCAAGAAUGGAGUGAGGCACAAAAGUCACAAUAUCAGUAUACCGGGCAACUUGGGGAGAUUGAGUUAUUUUGUUUAAGCAAUGAGGGUGAGCGUUAA